UCGAUCUCGACACCAAUUUGCAGUUUCCAUUGCUUUCGAGAAGUAGAUUACUAAGGAAGCUUAUUGAAGAGUGUUCUAAUGGUGAUGGAGCAAGUUUUAGUCUGAGGCUUGAUGAUUUACCUGGUGGAGCCAUAGCUUUUGAGCUUAUAUCCAAGUUUUGCUAUGGUGUUAAGAUAGAACUCAAUGCACAAAACGUAGUUAGUGUUCGUUGUGCUGCAGAGUAUCUCCAUAUGACCGAUGAAUAUGGAAAAGGGAAUCUCAUAUCGCAAACAGAGUCUUUCCUUAACGAAGUGCUUGGCAAUUGGGCGGAUUCAAUACGAGCUCUUGAAGCAUGUGAGGAAGUUAUGGCACAUGCUGAAGACCUUCACAUUGUGUCCAGGUGCAUUGAUUCGUUGGCAACCAAGGCUUGUGCAGAUCCAAGUUUAUUUGGCUGGCCUUUGGCGGGACGCAAGAGCAAUCAAAGUCCUGAAACCACCAGCUUAUGGAACGGAAUAUCGACCAUGACCAAGACGAAACCUACGAGUGACAACUGGUGGUACGAAGAUGUAACGUUCCUUAGUUUACCACUAUAUAGAAGACUGAUUUUAGCCAUUGAAUCAAGAGGAAUGAGGCCUGAGAGCAUUGCUGCAUCAGUGGUAUACUAUGCUAGGAGGUAUCUGCCCUUGAUGAAUCGACAAUCGAGCUUCGACGAUGCAAACCCCGGGCCAAAUAUUCUGAAUCCUUCAGAAUCCGGUCAAAGGGCUCUCUUGGAAGAGAUUGUGGGGUUAAUUCCUAACAAGAAGGGAGUCACAUCAACCAAGUUUCUCAUUAGACUCCUUCGUACGGCUAUGGUACUGCAUGCAAGUCCAUCGUGCCGGGAAAUUUUGGAGAAGAGGGUUGGAUCACAGUUGGAUCAAGCUUCACUUGUUGACUUGCUUAUACCAAAUAUGGGUCAUUCUGAGACCCUUUACGAUAUAGACUGUGUUCAGAGGAUACUUGAUCAUUUCUUCUUAGAAGAGCAGGCUGCGGCUGUAGCAACUCCGGAUAACAUAGUUGAGGAGGGGCAAUUAACGAAUGAAUCCAAUUCAAUGGCGCCAAUGACAACGGUGGCUAGGCUGAUAGACGGAUUUUUAGCUGAAGUAGCACCGGAUGUUAAUUUCAAGCUUCCAAAGUUCGAGGCUCUUGCUUCUAGCAUCCCGGAUUAUGCAAGACCGCUUGAUGAUGGCCUCUAUCAUGCCAUUGAUAUGUAUUUGAAGGCACAUCCAUGGAUUACGGAUCCCGAGAGAGAGCAACUAUGUAGACUGAUGAACUGUCAAAAGCUCUCAUUGGAUGCUAGUACACAUGCAGCCCAGAACGAGAGGCUACCGCUUCGAGUAAUUGUCCAAGUACUCUUCUUCGAACAACUACGACUUCGUAAGUCGAUUUCUGGAUGGUUCUUCGUCUCUGACAAUCUUGAAAACUCAGCAAAUCCCAGUGGAAACGUUGGACUCAAGAAAGAUGGGUCUCAUCAUGCAACCGAUGGGGAGGAUGAUGUGACGCAUCGAGUUUCCGAGCUCGAAAAAGAUUGUUCGGGUAUGAAAGAGGAGCUCCGGAAGCUGGUGAAGUAUAAGAGAAGUUGGAAGAAUUUCACUAGAAGGUUAGGAUUUAGUAAGUCACAAUCUUGUUGCUCAAAAAGAUCGAAGCCUUCGAAUCUAAGAGCAAUCCCCCCAUCAACUGUAAACAGAUAACAAUUUUGUGAAAAUAUUGAGGUAGUGGCAACUGAAACUUUGAAGGUCAAC